GGUUAUUCCAAUGUGAGCUAGCUAGCUGCACCCUGUGUUGCUGCUCAGUUUGGCCACACCGACUUGCACGUCUAUUUUGGUAUCUUCUGAGCUCGCUGUCAGGAGCCCUGGCCACACCAGUGCAUGGAUCUGAGAGCUUGACUCACUUUGCAGGUGAUUCUGCACUGGAUUCUAGGAUUUGAUACCACGGUCUAGAUUGGACGGUUACACUCAGCAUGAAAGACCUAUCACCAAGGAAGUUCACGUAUCCCACCACUUCCCUUAUGCCAACGUGAGCUGGACGAAAACCAAAGGGUCUACAGAGCUGCAGGAGCUGUAGAGGAGGCAAAUCGGGUGAUGCACGAGACUGAAAGAAGGUUGCUGACAUCAUGAGCUGCGUGGAAAAGCGACACGUGAGCCAUCGGGUGGGGAGCAUGCUCCACCAUCGCUUCCCCAAUGGCUUCACUGACUUGUUCAUGGACGAGACCGACCGUGAGGUCAGCAGUCUCACUGAUCGGGCCUUCCGAAGCCUCUGCGUUGGAGAUGACGCAGUUUACAAUGACGAGUUAUUGUAUGGAUACUCACCUUUCAGCUGCCACAAACCUUUGGCGGGGGAGCCUCUUAAAAAGACUCAAAACAAGGAAUCUAAAAAGCAAGGGCAAAACAAAACUGACAAAAGCUAUGCCCAGCCGUGGAAACAGCAGCAACAGAAGAAUAUAUCCAAUAUGUCGUCUUUCCUCAAGGCAUUAAGUGCCACAGAGGAAAGCUGUGAGGGGAUGUUGAUCAAAAAUGGAGGUAUGACAGACUCUAACGGGGAAUCGUGGGAUAAGUCUGCACUUCGCAGCAUCCAAAGAGAGCUAUCGGAAUUCUCCCCGGAUUAUCACACCAAUCUCACAGAUGAACAUUACACGAACCAUCAUCGGCAACACUCUGGUGAUUCAAACAAAACAGGCAAAGAUGCUGCCCCUCCCUCUGGGAAAUCCUCAAAGAGCAAACAUGGGAAAUCCACUGUCAAACUAAAGAAACUUAACAUCAAAAACUUUUUCCUCCACAGUGAGUUUAGCCCUUUCCAAACAUGGAGAGAUUUUAACCGGUUUCCCUUUGGCCAAGAGGACACCUCUAUUCUCCCCACAGAUAAUAUCCCUAAAUGGUACGACUUGCCUUUUUACAAGGAGCUGACAGAGGCACACAGAAAAGAGACUUUGCACACAGAGGAGGCACAGUCAUGCCAGAAAGCAGCCGUUGAGCCCCCUCCUCCUACUGCUUCUAAAUCCAUCCCUCCCCCUCCUCCGCCAAAGGUCCUGCCAAAGCCCACAGCUACUCCGGCUGAGAAGAGGUGCUCAUCAGACGGAGGGGAUGGUAGCGCUGCCCCCUGGAGGCGCAACAGGUCCAGGGCAAAAAGUGUGAUUCCAGUCAAUCAGGCUGGUAUACCACAUCAGGAAAAAAGUACAAAAACAGCAGAUGAAAGUCUUUGGUUGGCCAAAAAGGAAGCUAGAUCUGUGGAGGUGAAAGCAGUUGAGGAAGUCAGCUCUUUGGCGUCAACUCCGUUCAGCAUCUGCCAGCUGAUGACUCCUCUCAUUCCCUCCAGACAACCAACGGAAACAUCAGAAAUCUUCAAUGCUGUCCUAUCGCCUUCCUCCCUUGACUUCCCACUGAGACCACACUCUGAGGCCAAACUGACCCCUGAACCUCCAGUCAAGCGGGACAGCUACAAAUCACUCGCCUCCAGCAUCCUCUUCAACCUCAAAGACAACAGGAAGAGGGUGAAAAGCCGAUACAGCCCUCCUAAAUUCAAAACACUUGAAGUGCCUGAGGGUGGCGCCCAAUCUCCACAAUCAGACCAUCUGAAAUAUCCACAAGCUGGCUCUGAGGGCUAUGCAUCUGGCUUAAGCACUCCUGCGAUUUUCAAAGAUGGACAGACAGUUUGCAGUCCUGUUUUGGAAUCUAACAGCACCCCAACCAUUGGUCAUACUGAGCAUGAUACAGAUAGACCACUUUCAGGAGAUUAUUUGUUAUCAAAUCUAUUGCAAACCAAAAGGGAGGCUGCGGGUAGUCUUGGUGAGGAGAAUCCGAUCUCCCCCAAUAUACACUCGAAAAAGCCCAAGAGUCCCAAUGCUAAAAAGCAAAACUACCCAUCUCUGAAAUUGUACAAGAAAGUCAGCCCUGUUGACAGUGAUAUGAAAUAUCUCCCAGUCCCUCUGAGCCCCAGCGCUCCUGUAGACAUAGACCAACCAACCGAGGCAAAUGAACUUUCACCACUCACGCUAAACAAAGAACACUCUCUAAAAUCACCGCCAACAAACACAGGGCUUUCACCGAAUACUUUAAAUGUCAACAACGAUCGUUCACCCCUAAUUUCACCCCACGCAGUUGAGAAAGAGGGGUUGUCAUCAAAUGUAUCAGCAGGGAAAAGAGCACCAAAUGUACCAGACAAAGCAAAACGACCUGCGAAAGACAUUAAAGAAAAAGACUUCAGCUCUAAGGAAAAAGAUACUAGUGGCCAACCCAUGAGUACAAUGGAUGUGAUCAGAGCAGCAAGGGAAGCAAUUAACGCAGCCAAAAAUAAAGCUCUGUCUGCAGCUCAGUCAGAUAGCAUCAAUAAGCCCAUUUCAGACGUAGAAGAAGUGAGGGAGAAAGAAAUAGAUAAGAAGGUUGCCAAUUCAAAAGAAGUACCAGAAAAGAACAAUGCUUUAUCUCAAAGUAGAAAUGAAGAAACACUGGUUGGCAAAAAGGGUAAAGUCAAGAAAGAGCCUCCGCCAGUUCCAAAGAGGAAUUUUGCUAAAUCUGAUAUUCAACUCUCUCUUGACAAACAGCCAACACAUAAUGUUGACAAGCUCACCAAUGGGGAUUUGGGGGAUACAAAAUUAGAUUUACUGUCGAAUAAAAAUGAGUCCAUCCAGAAACGGGGCAAACACAAACAUAUAUUCUCGGCCAGACAGAACAAUUACAUAAAAUAUCAGAGAUAUGCAGAGACGGAUGAUGAACAAGGAGAGGAGUUUGAGGAAAGUGAUCUGAAAGUGAACACAGAAAUAGAGGCGAAUGGGGAGACAAUGCCACGAGGAGAAACUAGAGAUAGUGAGCAUAUAAUUAAUGAUUUGCAUGCUUUGAAAGAGCUGCAGAGAGUGAAGCUUGGCGAUCGUGUUCUCGACAAUGCAAAGAAGAAAUUAGGCAUUGUUAACAUAGACGAGGAGGCGAGAGCUAAGAAUGAUUUGAUCUCAAGGGAGCUAAGGAAUAUUAAGAAGGGUAUGCUGUCUAUGAGAGGAAACACAACGACUAAGAGAGAACUAUUUGCACAGAAAGAGAAGGAUCAGAGCAAGCCGGAGACUUUCACAAAGGUAGACACCAACUUCAUAGUAAACAAAGCACUUAUAAAUGAUAAUUACGACAGAGCAAAAAUGGCACUUGAAGAGAUCAUCUCAGACAGGCAGAAGAGAAAGAAUAAAUUCACAGAGCAGGAUGCAAAUCCAAUAUUCGAUGAGAAUGCGGAUGAAAGUUAUGUAACAAGUGUAGAGCGACGUAAAAAAGCCAUGAAAGACUCUAUGACAGAGGACGAGGAAAAACAAAAUGACAGCACUCUAGCACUAAAAGAGAAAGUUUUAAAAGAGAGGUUAGGUGAUCUAAGAGACCAUAAUCACAUGAGACAGAUCCUGUCGCAAACUGAACCUAGACUUGGUGAGACUCACAGAUCAGGUGGUAGGUUAGCGCUAUCUGGCAAAGACAAAAUUGAUCUUCCGAGCUAUGAAUCAGAAGAAGUGAAUUACAGACAAGUAGUGAGACAGAUAUCUGAAGAAAGUGGAGAGAAUCUGAUCCAUAAUGAUGGCAAAAACGGGGAUGCUCCUCCUGUUCCUCCCAGGAGCAAAAAGGGAGGGAGUAGAAGAGAUGGAAGUGUUACUAUGGAGACAGAUAUUUUGAAAGAUUUAGUAGAAGAGGAUAUCUUUAACAUAGAUGUAAAAUGUGAAAAUGGUGAGGUACGCUUAAAAGAGCUGCGGAGUCCAGGUGUGCGACAACAAGUAGAUAGUGACCCGUCCACAAGAGAGGCCGGUCAAAGUGAAACCAGUCCUUUUAAAGAAAGGUGGGAUAAAUCCAUCACAGUAACUGAUGCUGAAAAUAGAUUGUUUUUAUCACCAGAGUUUAGAGGAAACGAAAAUAGGGCAAAUAACUUGCAAGCAGAUAAGAGCCCAACAAGGGAAGCCACAUUUGAAAACACCAAUGCCAGGGCACAGGAAAUAUACAAGGUAAAGCGGAAGGCUCCUUUAAAACCAGACCACUUAAACACACCAAAUGACAAUGCAACUAAUAAUUUAGUGGCAGAAGAACCUGACAAAAUAAAUAAAGCUAGUGAGGAAAUAAAUAUGGAUGCAGAGGCUCUCUGUGAAAUCCCCAGGGGUAUAUUAUCACCCUUAUUAUUGGUAAAUGGCAUUAGCGUCAAUCAGAGCCCACCUGAUCAAGCCAGCUUGUCCUCAAAAUCAUCCUACUUUUCUGUGGAGAGCGCACUGCACAGAAAUACUGAGACAGAGUCAAAUGUUUACCACUCUCUAGAGAACUUGAUUGGAGAGGUGGAGGAGGUCGAUGAGAUGCUGCGGAAUAUUUCACGAAACACAAAACAGGAUUCGGACAGGGCGGAAGUGGAUUAUUAUUCUUUAAGUGAUCAUGAAAGUGAACCGGAGGCUGUAAAGCGUCCAAUUAACUCUCCUCGAAAGGAGACAGAAGUUCUGUACGCUGACAGCAAAGAAAGAGAUGAUACCGAGGCAGAUCAAACCUUAGCUCAUGAUGAAGAUAGUCAGAUGCCAAUGUCACCCUCCAACAUGUUCUCACCAACUUUGGGGAUUCCUGCCUUAUUUAAGGUCAAAGACAACACUUUCAGUAAUAAGUCAAAGUUGAAGACUGUGCAACCGUGGACACCAAGAGGGAGUCUGAGUGCUUCCGAGAGGGGAGAGGAGGUACAUCAAGUAAAGCAAAUUCCAGAGCUCCCUCCGACUAAUGAACCAGCCACCAGAGGUAGCACACCAAUCCCUGAAGAAAUCAUCAAACCUAAGGAGAUUCCACCAACAAGUUCACCUCCGCCACUGCUGUCUCCUUCAAAUCUACAAAGUGAAAUCCCAAAUAAACCACAAUUUGGAGUGUUCCUUGCUGUCCCACAGGAGGAAGACAGAUUGUCUGGGGUGAGUCCAUCAUCUGAAGGUGUGGAGAGCUUAACAACCAGCACAGCUGACACAGCCGACGAGAUGGGAAUGAACGCUAGAGUGUUGAAGGUGCCCAGUGAACGGUCUGGGUCCACCUGCAGCGGUAAUGAAAGCCAAACAGGGCUGCCUAAACCACCAGUUGUCUUACCCAAAUCUGAAAAGGGUGUCCUCAAAGCCAUUAAGCUGGCAAAUAGAAGGAUGAAGAAGGAGGAGGCCCAGAAGUCCUCCAACAAGUCGUCUCAAAGCAGCAGCAAACAUCGGGUGGAUAGACACAAGGGUGACAAAUCUGAGAACAAAAGCAGCAGCAAUAGAAGUAGCAAGAGCAUUGAGAGAAAUCACAGAGAAAAGAUUGAAGAUGGCCAUCGUCACAGUGAAAGUCACCAUGGCAAAAACAGUGAUGACCAGAGUGAGCAACCACCCCAUGAAAGAAGAGACCGAUCAGACGUGCGCCACAAGACAAGAAGACAGAGCCAUGAGUCGUUGGACAGCAGUACCCAGAAAAAUGAAGCACUACCCAGUGUCGCAACAGAAAGACAGGGCCGCAGCAGCAACAGACACAAUCGAGACAAGCCAGAGCAAAGACACUACAGUAGCGAUAGGGUCAUCAGUAAUGUACCUGUGUACAAAGCUCAGCUCAGCGAAAGACCCACGUCGGACAGGCCAUUCCAACGAUCACAAAGCAUUGAUAGAUACUUAGGAGAUAAAGUGGAGCGCAGGCUCAGCGCAGAUACGUCAGUCAACGAGAAGCUCGAUCCGAGGACCCAGCGCAUUGAAAAAUCCCUAAUGGACGAGCUUCAGCAGAGAGGCAGAGCCAGAGACAAGGCGAGCAGAGACAACCCAUUCAGAAGGAGUCACAGUAUUGAUGCGUACCCUAACCCUAAUCCUAACCCUCACCCUUCAACCCUCUCCCGCCAGUCAAGCCACACCAGCCAGCUUUCUCGCCAGUCGAGCAUUGAGCACACCAUUGUUACGCAGUCCUUUCCUAUGACCCAACGUAAGAUCCUCCAGGAUCCAGACUCCGGGCAGUACUUCUUUGUAGACAUGCCUGUACAAGUCAAAACGAAAACCUUCUUUGAUCCUGAAACAGGAAGCUAUGUGCAGCUGCCAGUCCAACCGAGGACAACAGAGGGUGCUGUUCCCCAGGCAUCCCCCUUAGGGGUUUUGACCCCACCUCUGGUUGUUUACCAUGGCUUUGUCCCGGUGCCUCUGUCUCCCAUGGCUCAUAAAGCUACCAUCCAAGCCCCUCAUAUGGAGCCAAUGUUGAGGCAAAUGCACUGUGCGGAGGGACAUCCAUAUUUAGAGCCUGUGUAUGGUCAACAUGACCACAUGUUAGGGGAGUUUCUAGGCACUGAGGAGCUGGACUGUCCGAGCUGAUAGGCCAUGAGGUUUUAAAGGAAGAAUCCACCCUCCGCUUACACUGUUUUACCAAUACCUGUUUAAUUAUGAACAGUGUUAAAGCAUUUCAGGGUGGAUUUUGCCUUUACGGUUAAGUGUCUGACGCUUGUAUUGCUUAACUUGCCUUAAAGAGGACCUAUGAUGUUUUUUGUGCAUGUAAAAGGUCUGCAAAGUUACAAAGCCCAAAGUCAACGCCAAAAGGAGUUACUCUCCCCACAGAAACACUGCUCCUGAACAGCUUCUUCCGUA